AUGACUACCACAUCAGCGAUUCCCGAGCCGUCGCAUGUUCGGACUGGCGCUUCACGACACAGACAUAGCGCCUCGAAUGCUGCCGCCGGAGCUGCAGCCCCGGCAACCCGUCGUCUGAAUCGUGCAUCUGCGACCGAUCCAUUGUCUGAUCGAGCAACUCGGGCGCUCAUCCGCAAGGUGCUUCUGCCGCAGGAGUCGGGCGACAAAGGCCGAGAUCCGCAAACCCCAAUAGAGGAGCUCUUGCCGCCCCUCACGAGCCGUAACGACGUCGAUCUACAACUCUACGCCUUUCUUGCCAUUAUACUACGAGACUUUGUACAGAGCUGGUACAGCAAGAUCACGCCAGAUGAAACCUUUGUCGCCGAGAUUAUCCAUGUCAUUGCACACUGCACGCGCGCCUUGGAGCAGCGGCUGCGCAAGUUGGACUUGGAGAGUCUGCUCCUGCAUGAAAUUCCAGGGAUAUUGAAUAAGCACAUCACAACGUAUCGAUCUACACACCCGGGUCGGACGUCUCAAACGAUUCUCGUUGAUGGCCGGGAGGCGUACCAUGCUCUUUGGCCGCUGCCCUUCUUGUCACCUGUUCCGAUUUCAGGCGAACCCACGACGACCGCCAAGCAGCUCAGGAACGAAGCAGCAUAUCGGCAGCUGCUGGUGCAGGCUACUGUCGCCGUUCUGCUCCCAACAGAGGAUUUGGAGAAUCCAUGUCUUACAGCACUAGUUGGGCAAAUUUUCUCCGAGCUAGUUAUUGGAAAUGCCAUCGCGAACAAGGCAGUCCAGCCGUGGCUACUGUUUGAAGCCAUCUGCAUUGUUGACCGUGUUUUGGCCGAGAAGAGGCAAGGAAGCCGUUGCCUGAAAGCCUCCUCGAGAGCAAAAACUCUCCUCAAGGGGCCGCGCAGCUGGUCUGUCCAAGGAUUUUUCGUCUCCAUCAUUCAAGUUGCGCUCGUACUCAUGUCUACAAUCCGAUUCGCGUUCAAUCUGAUCACCGUGUCGUCAUCAUUGCCACCUCGUCGACGGCUGACGACCGACAAGAAGCCGGCGCCCGAGGUUUCAGCCGGCAAAGGGAAUACAGCACAAGAUGCGCCAUCCCCACCAGCCAAAGUACCCGUGUUGGCAUUCAAUGCAUGGAGCUGUCUGGGCAACGUGAUUGAACUACACGCAAGAAUGCCCUGGCUAGGCGGCUUCUUGUCACUCCUCCAGCUCGGAGCAAUUUAUGGGCCGGGCCGCAUCGCAGGGCUUGACGGCGUCCUGGAUAGGACCAGGACUGGUUCUCGAGCCACAGAUGUACCCCUCAACCAAGUACAACCCGGAACCGAGUUUCUGGCUUCCGAUUUGCUUGACCUCGCAUGUCGACGACAGGUUGACGCUCGAACGUCCCGACACCACACCCGAAGCGUCAUGUACAUCUCGUCACACCUGGCUCCAUGGCCUCCUGCACGGGAUGAGCCACCUACUCCUUCAUGGCAGAGCCCCUUCCCCCCCGCAUCUGCUUUGCGCAUCGCAUCUGCCCCCGUCGCUUCCCUUCGUCACUCAUCACAAGAUCCCGCGGCACGCAUAUCAGAAUUUGGUUUCUUUCCGGCGGCCCGGCUCCUCUCAAGCCGUAUCCAAUUGCUCUUCUCGCCAUCCCAUUUGCCCCCCGUCCUCAAGAUGCUCCGGGGCGCGUUGUUCCCCAACAAUGCGCCGGGAUCGUCGUCCCUGCUCCCACCUUCCUCGGACAGAGAGCUACGUGCCAUUCGCAGAAGGGCUGCAAAAGCCCUCUGGAACAUGGCUCCCAGGCGUGUCGGCCGCUUAUACCUGGGCGGUGGUCUGGGCGCAGCCUUGGGCCAAUUGCGCGAGAAUGAGGAGGAGGAACCGGUGGAUGAGUUGGAAGGAUUGCUGAAUGUGCUGGGCGACGAUUACUGCAACAAGCACUUGAUGUAUAGUGUGUUGGAGCUCAUUCUGGUGCGGUUGAUGCCGGAGUUGUGCGAGAAUGGCGUCGACGACCUCUUACGCGAGAGACUGGGAUGA